AUGGUAAUAAGUUCAUAUAUAUAUAGUUUGAGUUCAGCAUAUCUGCAUGUCAUCUUUUCGCUUCUAUUUCUUCGUUAUGCUAGUUCAAUCUAUUUCAAGCUAUCCCGCUUUGAACCGGAUGCAGGAAACAUACUCUAUCAGGGAGAUGCAGCGCCUUCUAUUUGAGCAAUUGAACUAAUCAACAAGCGUUCUUUUGUAUGCUGGGUUGGCAUGGCCAGCUACGCUCAAAGAAUACCCCUCUGGGACUCUGUUACAGGAAAGCUCAGUGACUUCACAACUCACUUCUCAUUCAUCAACACAGAAGAGAACCCUACUUAUGGCCAUGGAAUUGCCUUCUUUCUCGCUCCUGUUGGGUUUCAAAUCCCACCAAAUUCAGUUGGUGGCUUUCUAGGCUUGUUAAACACAACAACAAGCGACUCCUCGGUCAACAAGAUUGUUCUAGUUGAAUUUGAAUCCUUUGUAAACCCUAAAUGGGAUCCUGGUUAUCAGCAUGUGGGGAUCAACAACAACUCGAUCACCUCGUCUGUCACAACCCCUUGGAAUGCUAGUUUACACAGUGGAAACACGACUGAUGUACGCAUUGACUACAAUGCAACAACUAAAAAGCUUACUGUUCGCUGGAGCUACCAAAGAGUCGAGACUCCUAAUGAGAACACCAGUCUUCAUUACCAGAUUGACCUCAGCAAAGUUCUGCCUGAGUGGGUCACAAUUGGAUUUUCAGCUUCUACUAGUCAGUUUGGGGAGCGAAAUAGGAUUGUUUCAUGGGAGUUUAGUUCGAGUUUGGAUAUAAAAGAAGCUUCCGGAGAGCAGUCAAAGAAGAAAACAUUAGUGGUGGCUCUAACAGUUACGGGUGUUCUGAUAGCUGUGAUAUUUAUAGUGUUGCUUGUGGUGGCCAGGAGGAUGAAGAAAAAAGAAAACACAAACUCCAGAGACGGGAAUUUAAGAUCGAUGAAUGAAGACCUCGAAAGGGGAGCAGGACCGACACGGUUUUCUUAUACAGAUCUUGCUACAGCUACUAACAAUUUCUCUAAUGAGAGGAAGUUAGGGGAAGGUGGUUUUAGUGCUGUUUAUAUAGGAUACUUAGCUGAUUUAGAUACUAUAGUAGCGGUGAAGAAAAUGUCAUGUGGAUCUCGGCAGGGAAGAAAGGAGUACAGAACUGAAGUGAAAAUUAUAAGCAGCUUGAGACAACGAAAUCUGGUGCAACUCAUAGGCUGGUGCCAUGAUGAGGGACAGUUCCUACUCGUGUAUGAGUAUAUGCCAAAUGGUAGCCUUGACGCUCACCUAUUCAGGAAGAGUAGGUCUGCUCUGUCCUGGGCCAUGAGAUACAAGAUAUCUCUGGGGUUGGGUUCUGCACUACUUUAUCUUCAUGAAGGGUGGGAGCAAUGUGUUGUUCACCGAGAUAUAAAAUCAAGCAAUAUCAUGCUAGAUUCUGGCUUUAAUGUCAAACUCGGUGACUUUGGUUUAGCUCGGCUGAUGGACCAUGAGCUAGGUCCCCAAACAACCGGAGUGGUUGGGACGCUAGGUUACAUGGCUCCAGAAUACUUCAGGAUAGGUCGGGCAAGUAAGGAGUCCGAUGUGUAUAACUUCGGGGUGGUCACCUUAGAAAUCGUCACUGGUAAAAGGGCAGUGGAUUGUAUGGGGGAGGAUUCAGAAAUGAAUCUGAUGGACUGGGUUUGGGACCUAUAUGGGAAAGGAAAUUUUCUUAUGCCAGUUGAUGAGAGGCUGAACUCGAACUAUAACGAGAAGCAAGUCGAGUGUAUGAUAGUUGUAGGAUUGUGGUGUGUCCACCCGGAUAAAAACUUAAUAAGGCAAGCGGUUCAUGUUCUGAACUUUAAGGCAGCAUUGCCAAAUCUUACACAUAUGCCUGUUCCUACGUAUCAGGUACCUACACCAUCAGUCAGCUCUGGUGAACCACUCAUUACUACAAGUCUCGAAGGUCGUUGA